CACUCUCUCCUCUACAGUCCUCUCCUUCGUAGAAACCAACCAAAGGCUAAUCUCCCCAAAAAGCCCCCUCUCUCUCUCUCUCAACCUUUUCUUCUUUUUGCCUUUUUUCUCUAUAUAUCACUUGAUCCUCUCCUCUUCUCUAAAUCUGAUUCUCUCAACACAUAUAACACUCUUCCUUUUCUUCCUUUCUUUAACUUUUCCCGAAAGUAAAAGAAACACACACAGCAUUCGGAAAGUAAUUUAUUCCCUAUACUACAAGCUUAUAACACCAGCUGUUUGCCCUGGUUCAACACAGUGCUCCACUAUUUCUCUCUUGGCUCUUGUUUCCUUUCACUCCAUUUCAUUUCAUAUCCCCAAUAACAUAAAGCUCAAGAAAGAGAGCAACAAAUGAAGAUGAGUGUUGUUCCUCUCUUCAUUUUUGCUCUCUUACUUUCCAUUUCCCUUGCAGGCGCAGAGAUCUCAAACAAGGUAGGAGUAAACUGGGGCCAGCUAGGAAACAACUUGCCGUCUCCAUCGCGAUCAGUGGAGCUUAUCAAAUCACUCAAAGCUAAACGCAUCAAAAUCUACGAUGCCAACCCAGACAUUCUCAAUGCUCUCAAGAACACAGACAUUCAAGUCUCAAUCAUGGUACCUAACGAACUCAUUGCCAAUAUCUCCAAAUCCCAAUCUCUUUCAGAUCAAUGGGUUAAUAGCAACGUUGUCCCCUUCUACCCAGAUGUCAAAAUCCGAUAUCUUCUUAUCGGAAACGAAAUCCUUACUAAUCCCGAUACCGGUACAUGGUUCAAUCUAGUACCAGCCAUGCGUAGAAUCAAGAGUUCUUUACGAACCCAUAAGAUUCAUAAGAUCAAAGUCAGUACUCCACAUGCAAUGAAUGUUCUUGAAUCUUCAUUUCCACCAUCAAACGGCACAUUCAGGUCUGAUAUUUCGGGUCCAAUUAUAAAACCCAUGUUACAGUUCUUAAACCGAACCAAAUCCUUCUUCUUUCUCGAUGUCUACCCUUAUUUCGCUUGGGCCGAUAACUGGCAAAACAUCAAUCUUGACUAUGCCCUUUUAGAAUCAAAAAAUGUAACCUACACUGACCCGGUCACAAACUUGAUUUACACCAAUCUUUUGGACCAGAUGCUAGAUGCUACCAUUUUUGCCAUGAAAAGACUCGGGUACCCGGAUAUCCGAAUCUUCAUUGCUGAAACGGGUUGGCCCAGUAAUGGUGAUUUUGAUCAAAUCGGAGCUAAUAUUUACAAUGCUGCAACUUACAAUCGUAAUGUUGUGAAGCGGCUGACUACUAAACCAGCAAUCGGCACUCCAGCCCGACCCGGAUCUGGAUUGCCUACUUUUAUCUUUGCAUUGUAUAAUGAGAAUCAAAAACCAGGUCCGGGUACGGAGCGACACUUUGGGUUAUUAUACCCGAACGGUUCGAAUAUUUAUGAGAUCGAUUUGAGCGGAGAGACGCUGGAUUCGGAGUAUAAAGAGCCGCUACCGGUACCGACGAAUAAUGAGCCAUAUAAAGGGAAGAUAUGGUGUGUGGUGGCUAAAGGAGCUAAUAAGACUGCUGUUGCAGGAGCGUUAACGUAUGCGUGUUCGCAGGGGAAUAAAACUUGCGACCCGAUUCAACCCGGGAAACAGUGUUUUAAACCCGAGUCGUUGUAUUGGCAUGCUAGUUAUGCCUUUAGUUCGUACUGGGCCCAGUUUAAGAAGAUUGGUGGAACCUGUCAAUUUAAUGGGCUUGCUACUCAAACUGUCAUGGACCCAAGUUUUGGACAUUGCAAACUCCCAAGUGUGACCCUUGUUUAAGGCAUGCGACUAUAUGGGGUCAAAGGACAUUAAAAUGUUUUUCUUUCUAAGGUUUCUCACUCCCCCACCAUUUAGGGAUGUUGAAAUAACUAGUUAGUUUACAUAAGUAUUUGUAUUGACUCGGUUAUGGUCUUAGAAGUAAGGCAAGUGAUUUGGGUGCCCCAUUUUUUCACAUUCCUUUCUAUUACAUGUUUUAAAAUAAUCAGAGAGUUCAUAGUUGAUUGAUUCUUUUAGGCAUGUUGUCUCCUUUUCUGAAAAAAAAAAAAAAAAAAAAAUCUCUUACUGAAAUGGGCACUUAAAUCACUUUGCUCUAUGUUAUUUUUUGUGAGAUUCUAUGAGCUUCCUACGUAUAUAUUUCAUAAUCCUGUGUCAUUACAAGAGCUA